ACCAUGAAUGAGCACCUACAUGUUACCAGUCAUGGGCAGAUCCAACAGCUCUUUGAAGAUAAUAGUAACAAAAGGACAGUUCUAUCUACACAACCAAAUGGGCUUGCAACAGUAGCAAAAUCAGGACUGUCAGUGGUACAAGAUAGACAGCUCGAGAGCUGUCAUAGGCGUCAGGGGAGCUCCAACUCCUUGAAAUCUACCGAAGGGCCAGGAAAGAUAAAAGCUACUCCCAUGACUCCUGAGCAAGCAAUGAAGCAAUACCUGCAAAAGCUAACAGCCUUUGAGCAUCAUGAGAUCUUCAGCUACCAUGAAAUAUAUUUCUUGGGUCCAAAUGCAAACAAAAGGUAAGGUGUAAUUAGUGGUCCAAACAAUUGUGGAUAUGAUGAUGACCAGAGAUCUCAUGUGCACGAUCCAAGGGAUCGUCUUCAAUGCCAACGGCACCAACGGAAGUCCUACAGAUAUGAAGUUCUUAAAGUUAUAGGGAAAGGAAGUUUUGGACAAGUGGUAAAGGCAUAUGACCACAAGAUGCAUCAACAUGUUGCUCUGAAGAUGGUGAGAAAUGAGAAGCGUUUUCACCGCCAAGCUGUAGAAGAGAUUAAAAUUCUGGAGCACCUUAAAAAACAGGAUAAAGAUAAUAACAUGAAUGUUAUACACAUGCUGGAGAACUUCACAUUCCGCAACCAUAUAUGUAUGACAUUUGAGCUGCUGAGCAUGAACUUUUAUGAGCUCAUUAAGAAAAAUAAAUUUCAGGGCUUUAGCCUGCCUUUGGUUCGUAAAUUUGCCCACUCCAUUUUGCAGUGCUUGGAUGCUUUGCACAAAAACAGAAUAAUUCACUGUGACCUUAAACCAGAAAACAUUCUGUUAAAACAACAGGGUAGGAGUGGUAUUAAAGUGAUUGAUUUUGGCUCUAGCUGUUAUGAGCACCAGCGCGUCUAUACGUAUAUCCAAUCACGUUUUUACCGUGCUCCUGAAGUCAUCCUUGGUGCUCGAUAUGGGAUGCCAAUAGACAUGUGGAGCCUGGGCUGCAUUCUUGCUGAACUCUUAACAGGAUAUCCUCUCUUACCAGGAGAAGAUGAAGGAGAUCAGCUGGUUUGUAUGAUAGAACUCUUGGGCAUGCCUUCCCAGAAACUACUGGAUUCAUCAAAAAGAGCAAAAAAAAUUGUGAGCUCCAAGGGUUACCCCCAAUAUUGUUCCAUUACUACCUUGUCGGAUGGUUCUGUUGUGCUUAAUGGUGGACGUUCCAGGCGGGACAAAGUGCGUGGUCCCCCAGAGAGCAGAGAAUGGGGGAGUGCAUUGAAAGGAUGUGAUGAUCCGCUCUUCCUUGACUUCUUGAAACAGUGUUUAGAGUGGGAUCCAAUGCUGCGUAUGACACCUAGUCAGGCUUUACGGCAUCCCUGGCUCAGGAGACGUUUGCCAAAGCCGCCAACUGGGGAGAAGACUUCAGCAAAAAGAAUAACAGAAAGCACUGGUGCUAUCACGUCCAUUUCCAAGUUAUCUCCAACUUCAAACUCAGCUAAACUGAGGACUAAUCUGGCACAGAUGACGGAUGCCAAUGGGAAUAUUCAGCAGAGAACAGUGUUGCCAAAGCUUGUGAGCUGAGAUUUGAAUAAUCUAAUGCUGAGUACAAGAAAGAGAGAGAGAACGCGCGCAAUUAUGUCACUGAGCCUUAUUCACAUGAAAAAGAAGCUCAGAUCUCUAUUUUUAUUUGAUCAAUACCUUUAAACAUUUGUAUUUUUUCAUUGAUUACUUUAAAUGUGUUAAGCACGGUUUUGAUUUUA